ACACGCGGAGACCAGACUAUUAUUUACCAUUUUCGUUGAAUUCGCCGCCGGUGUCACGAUGGUGGAGCUCGACAACUUCAAGAAAUGUCGAUAAUUCAGGAUUUCGAAGCCGCGUUUCCGCCCGUAAAAUGCAGAGCAGACAAGUGUGCCGUGUGAAAACAUGGCCUAGGCGUUCAGCAAACCCUUUCCGUCCACUUUGGGGGCCAGUUUGGGUCGUGAAUUUUUGGGAUUAAACGUGGCAAGUUUUCACCGGUUUCUGCUUGCGAGACAGCGCAGUCAACGCUUGUUGAUCUUUGAGCGUGUAUCGCGCGCUACCAGCACACAACCACAGCACCACCGCCAAACACGUGAUUGGAAUCACUUUAAUACGUGUGCAUUUGCAGUGGAUAUUUACAUGAACAUUCGCUUUUAUGUGAACGACCGGUUAACCUAUGAUAGAACUUCGGUCUUGGGAUUCUAGAAGGUGACUCCAUUGCCCAAUUCGGGCCAUUUUUUUUUGACGUGGAGAGACCCGGGAACCCGCCGGUUUUCGUGCCACCAUGAUGGGCUUUCCGAAGCGCGGCGAGGGGAACCUCACCCGCGCCACUUCGCUAUGCAAGAACUUCCAGCCGAACAUGUUCAACAAGACCAAGUGCCAGAACUGCUUCAGGACCAGGGAGGCACACGAUUUGGAUGGCGGGGACGGUAGCAAUAAACCCAAGAAGGUUCUCCUGUGUGGCUACUUGUUCAUCGCGCCAGGCUUGGACCCAGAGAACCCAAUGUCGCGCUCAAGGAAAUGGCAGCGUCGAUGCUUCAUCUUGUACGAGAAUGGGGAACUUGCCUAUGCCCUGGAUGAUAGCAUCAACACCGUGCCCCAGGGUGUCAUCAACAUGUAUCAAUGCACUACGGUCUUCAACGCUGACACGCAGACCGGCCAGAAGUUCUCACUAGGCAUACAGACGACCAAGGCGACGACGUUCAUCCGCGCUGAGACGCGUGAAGAGAAAGACAGUUGGUUGGAGACGCUUUCGGAGUACCCUGAAAUCAACAAAGAGAAUGAGCGAUUGAAGCAGAGACAACUGAAGCUUGCCGCACAACACGCUGCCAGAGAGGAAAAAUAUGGAAAGCUGUAUGCCACGUCUGAUAGCCCACCUCCCAAGACUGAGCCAACUCCCAAGAAUGAUCUCAACCAGUCCUGGCCCAAGAGCUCAGACAAGGAGGCAGUCUUGAAGGAGUUGGACCAGCCUAAGGUUAACAACUCGCUGAAGCGAUCGCAGAGUUCCGUAGAUGCCAGGUCCCGGUACUCGGACCAAAGUUCCUCCGUGUCAUACUCUCGUAGUACCUCGGUGAUGCCUGGACUUGGAGUAGACCAGGAGGAUUACGGGUCCCAGCCGCUGACCUCCAAGAGGAAGAAUGAGAUCCCGUCCAGUCUCUCCUCCAAGUCCAUCCGCUCGGAUGAGGUGAUCCGUUCUGCCCCUCAGGCCAGGCAGCCGCAGGAUGGUGAGACCCCAGCCGAAGCACUGAGCACCCGAUCAUCACGCCUACGGUCUCGCAUCCGGGCUUCGGACACGGGCAUCUCAGAGCUGUCUAAAAGUGGGGCAGCCUUGGCGCUUGGGAUCCAGAAGAGCCGUAGUGAUAUUGUAGUGGAUCGGUCCCUAUGCACCACUGCACCAGAACAACAACAAUGUCAACUCGGACCUGCCGGGGUUAGGCAGCCGCAGCGACCCACAGCGACGGAGCUGGCGGCUACGCAGCACUCAAGAGCAACCGUUACCUGAACUCCCGUCCCCUCAGGAGAAAUCCCCCAGGGAAGUC